UUUUUUAAAACCAACUCAUUUCUUUUUUUUAAAAUUACAUUCAAACAUGGCUUCGCGGACAGGUACACAGAGCCCUGCCGGUAUCGGUAAGAGUUUACCGGAGCGGGGACUGCUCCUGCUGAUGGUUCUGGUGUUUCUGGAGGGCUCCGUGCUUCCUCUCGGAGCUGCAAGCUCUCCGGAUGUCACUCACCAGGCAAAUUCAGACAACCACAAAGCAGAGGAAGCGGGGCAUAACUUCACUAAAAAGCCUUUCCCUGUGCUCAGCCUCGACUACCACCACAUACAGACUCCUUUUGAAAUCUCCUUAUGGGUGCUGCUCGCCUCUUUAAUGAAAUUAGGGUUCCACCUGAUUCCUCGGCUGUCCGGCAUUGUGCCAGAGAGCUGCCUGUUGAUUGUGGUGGGCCUGCUAGUCGGGGGUCUCAUCAGACUAGCCGGAGAACAGGUCCCUCCGGUUCUGGACUCCAGGUUAUUCUUCCUCUGCCUGCUGCCCCCCAUCAUCCUGGAUGCUGGCUACUUCCUGCCCAUCCGUCCUUUCAUGGAGAACCUGGGCACAAUCCUGAUGUUUGCUGUCGUGGGGACCUUGUGGAACGCCUUCUUCGUCGGAGGCCUGCUGUAUGCGGUGUGUCAGAUCCAGCCAGGUAAUCCAUCCAUCCUGCACCAGCUAGAGCUCCUGCCUUGCCUGCUGUUCGGCUCCAUCAUCUCAGCUGUGGACCCUGUCGCUGUGCUCGCUGUGUUUGAGGAGAUCCAUAUCAAUGAACUGUUGCACAUCCUGGUGUUCGGGGAAUCAUUGCUCAACGAUGCCGUCACUGUGGUGUUAUACCACCUGUUUGAGGAGUAUGCAGGUGUUGGCUCAGUGACGGUGAUGGAUGUUGUCCUGGGAAUCAUCUCCUUUCUGGUGGUUGCGGUGGGUGGCGUGCUAGUGGGAGCCAUCUACGGGAUCCUGGCCGCUUUCACCUCACGCUUCACCUCCCACACCCGUGUCAUCGAACCACUUUUUGUCUUUGUGUACAGCUACAUGGCCUACCUGUCAGCUGAGAUGUUCCACCUCUCUGGCAUCAUGUCGUUAAUAGCAUGUGGAGCGGUGAUGCGACCCUAUGUGGAGGCCAAUAUAUCCCACAAGUCCCACACCACCAUCAAGUACUUCCUGAAAAUGUGGAGCAGCGUGAGUGAGACACUAAUCUUCAUCUUUCUGGGCGUGGCGACAGUGGAAGGACCUCACAACUGGAACUGGACCUUCGUCACAGUCACUGUCAUCCUGUGUCUGGUGGCCCGGGUCAUAGGUGUGGUCGGUCUGACCUACGUGAUCAACAAGUUCCGCAUCGUCAAACUGACCACCAAGGACCAGUUCAUUGUGGCCUACGGUGGCCUGCGAGGUGCCAUCGCCUUCUCCCUUGGCUUCCUCUUGAAUAAGGAUCACUUUCCCUUGAGAGACAUGUUCCUUACUGCCAUCAUCACUGUUAUCUUCUUCACUGUCUUUGUUCAGGGCAUGACCAUCAAACCACUGGUGGAGCUGCUGGCAGUGAAGAAGAAACAGGAGGCUAAGCGCUCGAUUAAUGAAGAAAUCCACACCCAGUUCCUCGACCACCUUCUGACUGGCAUUGAGGACAUUUGUGGACACUAUGGACACCACCACUGGAAGGACAAACUUAACCGCUUCAACAAGAAGUAUGUGAAGAAGUGCCUGAUUGCAGGCGAACGCUCCAAGGAGCCACAGCUCAUCGCCUUCUACCACAAGAUGGAGAUGAAACAGGCCAUUGAGCUGGUGGAGAGUGGAGGGGGAGUCAAGCUGCCGUCUGCUAUGCCUUCCGCUGUUUCCAUGCAGAACAUCCAGCCCAAGAAGCUUCCUCCUGCCAAGCCCGCAGAGAGAGCUCUGUCCAAUCUGCCCAAAGGCCGAGAGGAGGAGAUCAGAAAGAUCCUCAGGAGUAACCUUCAGAGGACACGACAGAGGCUGCGCUCCUACAACAGGCACACUCUGGUGGCUGAUCCGUACGAGGAUGGUCUUGGUGAUCUCCUUCUCAAGAAGCAAAAGAUGAUUGAGCUGGAGAAAAAGAUAAAACACAUGAAUAACUACCUGACGGUGCCUGCUGCUCCUCCUGACUCCCCGACCAUGUGUAGAGCCAGACUGGCCUCAGACCCCCAAGCCUACAGCAUGAAACCGGAGCCGGACAGCGUGCCGACCAUCCAGGUGGACCUGGCCUCCCCUCAGUCUCCGGACUCUGUCAACCUGAUGGAUGAGUUCAGACGGGCCGACCAGCAGCACGAGGAGGACCAAGGCCUGAUGAUGAGGCCUCCCUCUGGGGAGAGUGGACCUAAAAAGCCAGGCGAGGAGGACGGAUCCAGAGAACAGCAUAAGCUGAUGAGGUGCCUGAGCGACCCUGGUCCCAGCGCAGAUGAGGACGAGGAUGAACCCUUCCUGCCUUGAUAUGGUAGACCGGAUGUGGAGGGGUCUGUCUGCACGCCCACCUUCACUGGUUAGAGGAGAGAGGGCUGCCUCACUGCUCUGCUCUCAACAAUGUAUUUGGUUCAGAAACCAAACAAGCCAAAACUGCUAAUGCUGUACAAACCAGAAAGAGAAAGCAAAAGGAGAUUGAGAAAGAAAAAAAGAGCCAAUUAGUUUGUUAUUGUCAUUGCUCUUUAUUUUUUUAGACAGGAUUGUAACAGCAGUUGCUGCUAUCUAAGAGAGGAUGGAGUUUAUUAGUCUGAGACAUUCAGGAAAGAACUAUGCAUUACCAAAGGUUUGGACUGUUGUAGUGUCAGACCAUGUCAUUUUUACUUUAGCGUCGGACUGUUUUUCUUUCCUAAUGAUUGCAUAGUUGUUGGUUUUAUGUUUGUUUGUGAUUUUCUGAACUUUUCCUUCUUUACAGGUACAUUCUUUGAGACAUGCUGGACCUCUAGUCCUAAAUGUAAUCAACAAAGCAAACUUUCAAACAUUGAGUUUAGGGCGUUCGAUUUAAACCAAUAUUUCAUUAAAACUUUCAUUCUGUCACUUGAAAUUGCUGGAUAUUGAAACAUUUAAAGUGUAGCUAGUUUGAAAUUUUUGGCCUUAUUUUAUGUCAAACUUUUUCACUUGGUGCCGUUUCAUCUUUGUCUUUUAUGAAAAAUGUAUUUUAAUUUCAGGGGUACUAACAUCCGUUUGCAAUCAGAGUUUGUUCCAGCGUUUGUGGGAUGUAGAUUAAAAAGCUGGAUGCAUUUAGUCACUGUGUUAAAGAACCACGGUUCUUUAUAGUCGUGCUUACAGACCUGCGGCCUUGUCCUGAGGCUGCGGAGGGAGUUAUGUGAAAUUCCUCUCUUUUGUAGAAAGAAGUGUUGACCUACAGAGUAAAAGCUCUGAGUUGGGGAAGCUUGUGAGAUAGACAGUGAAGCUGCACAGAUGUUUUGAUGUCAGUGAUCAUGCUUGAUUCCCCAUCCAAUCCUUCUAAAGUUAAAUCACAUGUUGUUAUGUCACGUUCCUGUGUUGAUGUUUUAUGUUUUACCUCAAUUUUAGAAUCCCCUUUAAAACUCACUAAAGUAGGGGUCGAGUUGUUAGAGUAGAUGUAUCUCUCUCUAUAUAUUAAUAUAUAUCAAUGUAGUGAACAAGUGCCCAUCUAACAGUCACCUUCAAACUCCUCACCACACGAUCUGAUUAUUAUUAUAGCAAAAUAAUCAAUUUUCGCUUUCUUUUACAUGCCUAUUUGCAUUCUUCAGUUGUUGUUUUUUUUUUAUUGGCCUUUACAAGAAGCAUUUGUGUCACUGCACGAUGAGUGAUGGUUAGUUUGUACAGGAAUCUAUCCACACUUCCUUAUUGAAAUCUAAGACUAGGCAUGUCCUGGCAAAAAAAAAGUAAUUCUAUGCAGUAUAGAUGUGUAAAAUAUGUAAAUGAAUUAUAAUAUCCUAUAUUUAUGAAUACCCUUUAAAACUGAAGACUUGUAAUCCUGUAAACAUGCAACAUAAUGAAACAAACCACUGCGAAAGUCAAAGCUAAAAUCCAACACGGGCAUUAAUUUUUGCACAUCUGAGAAAGACUGAAAGCGUAUCUGAAGGCACGAAAGUGUACUCAUUCUCUACUGUACUGUAUCUGGUUGUACAGUGUGUAUGAUAAUCAGUGUAAAAUACAAUGCACGUCUUUUUUACACUGCUGCUCAGUGAAUUGGAAUCCAACAUAAAUCAUUCGAGUUGCUAUGAUUUGCAGAUUCAUAUGCAUCUGAAAAACCCACCAUGCUGUUAGUUUCCACAGAAAGUGCCACAGCAAGUGAUUGCAUUGUAAAGCCACAAGUAUUCUUUCACCCAAGUCUGUUAUCACUAUAAGAGUGCAGUUUCUCAAUACACGCCACCCAAAGAACUUAGUAUGGAAAGUAAACUUUAGCAGUGAAACACAGUCCUUCUCUGAAGUAAGCUGAGUGAGUCACUGUUCCAGUUUUCUGGCUAUUUUAUAGCUGUUAGUGACCAUUGAAUCCCUCCUGAUCCUCUUACACCCAGAAGGCUCACAUUACAGCUGAAGGGAACAGGCAGCAGAACCUGACAUGCUUGUUCUUUAACUCGUCUUCUCUGAAGUAUCUAGCUCUCUAUGGUGAUUGUAGCGAGCGUAAGAGGAUAUAUUGUCUGUGCACACAUGCACUCAAGUAAAUCCGGGUCCAUGUAUGUGCAAAUAUAUGAGCGUACUUGCGCUGUGGUUGACUGCGUAUCUCUUUUUGCCCCCGACACUUUUCCUGCUUCCCAAUGUCUAAAAGGAUAAUUACAGCUACAGCAAGAGGUCAAACCAUAAAGCAUCUCAUUUUCCUGUCUCAACCAAAUGGAAUUUACUUUCUGAAAUGUCGGCGUGUUUGAUGGAGUGCCGGAGAGGAGAAGGGUGCUGAAAAUGUCAACAAGGACGAGGUCAAAGAGGGCUGUUUAAAAGCCAGAAUUGACAAGCAAAAUGACAUGCGGCACUUCUCCCCAUCCUUGAAUGCUCCUUUUACCGUCGCUUAAAGAAUAUUUACAGUACAUGCAGCAUUGAAUUUAUGAGGUUCUGAAAUGGUUUAGAAACUGCCGCCACAGAAGCCCUGAGAACUGUUUCUCUCCCUCUGUGAAUGGCCUCCUAAUGCGGUGCUGUUGGGGAUAUUUCUAUAUCAUGUUCCCCGAUGCUCUAUCCAUUUAACGGCAGUCUGUUACUGUCCUUACCUUUCAACUGCUCUGCGGAGACUGAUAAGUACGUUUCAGAAACGUUGCAGCAAGUAAUGCAUUUCUUAACAUACUCCCACUUGUGAAUGCAUGUAACUGUGCGAAUGCAAAGCAAGGUAUCUCACAGAGAGAAUAUGCAUCACGCUCUGCACAGAUGUUGUAUUUUUCAUAUCAAAAUUGACACGAGUCACUGUAACUAAUACAGAGCGAAACACCACCUGUUUAAUUUCAAACCUCCCUGAUUACUUCACAUUAUUCCAAAGAAAAGAAACACUAUUUUCAUACUUUUGCUUUUCAUACCAAAUGCAUCUUUUUGGGCAAACAUUCUCACACUGCUUGGCGGGAAAUGUUUGGUGCAGUAAACCUUAAUCUGAAGCCAUACAGCCUAUAGAAGAACCUAUGUCGUUAUAUUCGCAUUAUUAUAAUGUCUGUACACAUCAUUUUUGCCUUUUGUUUUGCUCAACGCACAAAGCAAACAUGCCUUUACAUUUGAAUCGCUUGUGUCUUCAAAUGAAUGCUUGCUGUUGUUAAUUUAAGAUCUCCACACUGGAUGUUUUUUUUUUUUUCUACGGCGCUGAAUUGUUUUAAGUCGUGGCAGUUUUCAUUGAAUGUGUUGGACUGAACUACAAUGUCAACACCGUUGCCUCACCAGCAUUCACCAUCAUCUUUAAGUUGUUUUUUUUUUUUGCAUCUGUUUGCUAUAUAAAACCUGUGUGCUUUAUUUGUUUAACUGCUUUAUUGUACUGUACAAAGACUUUUUGGGGGGCUUUACAGGGAAAUUCAAGGAAAAGUCCCUUGCUUUUGUUGUCAUUGUCUGGAUUCAUGUGCAUUGCAUCAAGCUUUACAGAUGUUUUUAGGCCUCACUGUGGGGGCUUUUUCCAUCUCUUGUUUAUAAUUAGUACAGCUUAUAAGCUUUAUAGUGAAAUCUAGUGCUCCUAACGUUGGAUUGUUCCACUGGGAAAUGUAAGGUGAACACAUCAGUUACAGUCAGCGGUGCAUGCGGACAAGGCUCUUUACUUUAAGGCCACACUUGGGUUUUUGCAUGUUUUAGAUUUUUGUUUGAGUUGUUUUUCUCUGGUAUCCAGGCAACCAUUAGUUUCCAUUCAUUCACUGGAGCGUAACAAAUCUCAUAAAGACUUUGAACUUGCUUCAGAUCAUCACCAUGAACAUCAGAUUUACUUUUAGGUCUGUUGCAUUGCAGAUUGAUCGAAUCAGCUUAAGUCAGCUUCUUUUUCAAGUCAAUCUUACAACAAUAUUAACAUGCCUGUAUGGAUAUUGGAACAGUAUUUGUUUCUCCUGUCCAUACUGGACCUGCAUACUGCAUACUGUCUGCAUACAGGUCCAUACAAGGCUUCACCUCUUCUGAGGUUUCAGAACAAGACUUCUCCUUUAACCCAGACUUGGUUAGACACACAUUGGAUAAAAGUUUAGAAAACGUUAAUUUCUCUGUUCUCUGUCGUGUUGUCAGACACUUACAAUAACAAUCUGAUAUAGAUUAUAGAUUACGUGGCAGCCCGUUUUGAAGCUGCAGGCUGCAGUGAUCUCACUCAAUACUUGGCUGAGUUCAAAACCCCAAAGAUGGGAAAAUGGGUUCCAGGUUGAAAAAUACAGACAUUCCCCUUUAAGAAGGACCAGUAUGAACAGGAGGAACAAUAACAGCAAAGUAAAAACUUUCAAUGUACACAUGGGUAUGUCAAUAUUGUUUUAAGAUAUACUUUAAAACUGCAGCAACAAAAUUAAGACAAUUAUGGAAGUAAAUGGUUGCCAGAAAAUUAAGAAAAACAGAAAAUCCUUGACACUACAGUAUGCUUUGAAAAACUGGCAUUAAUUUGGUUACUACAUGGUUUGUACUACAUGGGCUAAAAUAUGCAAAAACAACUGGUAUGUUCCUUUAAGUUCUGUAAGGUUUGACCAGCCGAGCAGUGCAAGGCUUACGGUUAGGGUACAUUGUGGAUAAACAUUAGACACAUACUGUCCAAUUAUAAAGGCAGUAAUCAGACAGUGACGCACACACACACACGUCAUCAACAUAAUGACCCUGCAGUGUCAUUAGUCCGCCACCCAAAGACUGUUUUCCUCCCUCGUUUACCUCACCGUUCUCCGAUCUGCCUCAUCUGGCUCCUCUUGUACUCCACCAUUUUACACCACACCGAGCACUUUAACAAAGCUGUACUUUAAUCUCAAAACACAGAUGUUAGAGAGAGCAAUAAGUGGCUUUAAUGUAGUGUACACAUUGUGCAUGGUUAUCAGGUGACACAUCAUAGGGAAAAGGAAUGUAGUUCCUGAUGGGCCUUAUUAACAGGGAUGGGUUUAGUGUUUUUAAUCCUAAAGCGGAGAAGCUGGGGGUUUUAAAUCCUAGUGAAUGCUAUGACUUGAUGAACUAGUGGAUUAUAUUCAUAUCUUGUUUUGUUUUUCUUCAUGUUUGUUGAGUUUAUGUGUCAGUCUAUUUGUCAAUUGUUUGCAUCGUUUAAAUUUUGAAAUAAUUAAGAGUUGUUGUUUUUAUAUACACAUGAAUGCGGGGAGAAAACAUACGUAUUAGAAAUUUAUUAUAAUGAUGUACAAAUCAGAGUCUGAAAGAAAUGAGCACUUUGUUCUUGAUUCACCUUUAGCUUCCAGCAUUCCAUUCCUGUAAUGAUCAGUAAAACUAACAACCAGAAAUUAAACUACGACAGAUACUAUAUACCAAAUUAAAGU